GAGAGCGGGAAGAUUCCUGCCGGACCAACCAGAAAAGAGGCUCUCAGCAGGGCAGCGGCCCGCUCUGGUUUUCCGCCGACUCUUCUCCAAUAGGCUGCGGAGAAUCAGGCGGGGGUCGCUCCUAUAGGCGGCGCUGAGCGCCAGGAGGAGCCCCCGACCAAUCAUGGCUCAGAGCUCAGAAGCGGCGUCACCGCUUCACAGCUCGUCCUACAGUUUAAGAGCAGAGUGUCGCGUCUGUUUGCUACACUUUUGUCCUAUACAGAGGUAGAGGCAGAGACAUGGCAAGAACCAAGCAGACCGCUCGUAAGUCCACCGGAGGCAAAGCCCCCAGAAAGCAGCUGGCCACCAAGGCCGCCCGUAAGAGCGCCCCGGCCACUGGAGGCGUGAAGAAGCCUCACCGUUACAGGCCCGGUACCGUGGCUCUCCGAGAGAUCCGUCGCUACCAGAAAUCCACGGAGCUGCUGAUCCGCAAGCUGCCCUUCCAGCGCCUGGUGAGAGAGAUCGCUCAGGAUUUCAAGACCGACCUGCGCUUCCAGAGCUCCGCUGUCAUGGCUCUGCAGGAGGCCAGUGAGGCCUACCUGGUCGGCCUCUUCGAGGACACCAACCUGUGCGCCAUCCACGCCAAGAGGGUCACCAUCAUGCCCAAGGACAUCCAGCUGGCUCGCCGUAUCCGCGGAGAGAGAGCUUAAGCUCUACCGCUGCCCCACCAACGGCUCUUUUAAGAGCCACCUCCCUCUGCCCUGAAGAGCAAAGUCCUUCGCUGUUGGUAGAUGUAAUAAUCGUUGAAGCCCAUUAUCACAUCAACAAAAUCAGGGCUUUCAUGGUUGAAAUGAGGAUUAACAAAUGGUUAUAUUCACUUACUGGCCAGGAAGGGAGUAGUGAGGGAAUCUGCCCCCAGGGGCCCAACAACCUAAAAGGAUGGCAUUAACCUCAAGCUUCCUUAUUAUUCCUGCUGAAUAAUUCAUCUGAGAGGCUGUUUCUGCCCCAAAUUCCUGCAAAUUAAACGUGGUUUCAGUGAAAUCUUCCUCCCUUAUCAGUGACACUAAUUCUUCCUCACUGCAGAGGCCAGAGUAUGUUGCUGUCCACCCUUUUCUCUUGCCCCUGGUAUAUUCAGUUUCUAAAACUUUCACAUUUCAUAAUGUUCUUAAUGAAAGCUUCACACAGUAACUACAGUAUUACCAGAGAGGAUUUUGCAGACUUUAAUAUGUAUUAUCACUUUGUUACUAAUUACUCUAAUGCCCACUAUAGGUGCAUGUGGUUGCUUGAUUUAUGUAUUUGUACAGGUGCAGAAUCACAUUUGUGCAUCAGUUAUGAGACAAAGUUUAGAAAAAAAAUAUAUUUAUUCUAGUCAACAGUUAGUGUUGAUUCAGAUUUAAAUACUUUACUACACUCAUAAUGAAACAUAUGAGUGUAGAAAAGUAUUUAAAUCUGAAUCAACGCAUUCUUAAAUGCUGUUUGGUACAAUGUUCUUCACAAAGACAAAUGAGAGAGAAAUGUUGAAUGAAUGCCUCUAACUGUGAGGGAAAAAAAUCUAUGAUAAAGUAGUGUCUGAAAACAUUUUUGGCUCAUGUGAGCCAGCAGACAUCUUGUUAGAAUGGAUCUGCUUCAUCACCGGUAAAAAAGUUCCAAGUCAGUGUCAGAGAGAGGAGACACUGCAGCAUCUGCUGCUGGACUUUAAAUGUACCAGAGAGACGAGGAACAACAUGGACAAUGUGGCUUUUAAUAAAAAAAGUUAUUUACA